AUGGGCAAAGAAAACAUGAAGGGCGGCAAGAACACCGGUAGUAGCGCUGAUGGUGGAAAAAAGGGGAAGGAUACGUCUGGUGGUUCUGGAUACACAAAGGUGAAGGUACGGCAUAUUCUUUGCGAGAAGCUCAGCCGUGCAUUGGAGGCAUUGGAAAAGAUAAAGGCUGGCGAGAGUUUCGCCAAUGUUGCUCGGGAUUACAGCGAAGACAAGGCCCGCUCCGGUGGUGAUCUCGGUUGGGUCACUCGUGGUGCCAUGGUGGGUGAGUUUUCCGAGAAAGCCUUUGCUUUACCCAAAGGGGGAAUGACUCAGGAACCGGUUAAGACUAAAUUUGGAUAUCACAUUAUUUUUGUGGAGGAUAAGCAGUGA